UUGCGAAAUAUAUCACUGACACAUAGAGUUUCAAUUGUUGAACACCGUUGGUUAACAAACAAUUUUUUUCUUCUUGAAAAUCGUUUUACACGUUUAAAAUCCAAGUUAUUAUUUAUAAAAACAUUAUAAAAUGGCGAAACUCCCUUGUUCUCUUGCUUCAGUACUUCUGGUUGUAAUAGCAAUUCACGUAAGCUCAAAUACAGUGUCAACCAGCAAUACGUUUAAAUAUCAAAUGCCGGAUGCCUGUGCAGGAAAAGCAUAUUGUUUUGAGAAGGGUGAUCACUAUCCUGAUGAAGCAAUUCAAAAAUUGAAUUUAAGCUUCGCAACCCAGAGCAUUAUCGGUUCGCGCCAAGGAAGUGAUGUCGACGAACCUGAUUGUCCAGCAGACUCAAAAGAUGGUCCCAUCUACUACGUUGUAGAUGAAAACGGCGCAGUCAGGGUAGUAGUGCAGAUCCCUGACAGGUUUUCACAGAAUUUCAACGUCAGGUGGUGCCAGAAUGAAGGGAAACUUACAAACGACACCCGACACUUCAUGGCGUCAAGAAUUUUUAACAGGUUUGAUGUCGAAUGUGUAAACGUCAAGUCAAAAUUCAACGUUGUGGUGUUAAGUCAAGAAGAGGAUAAGAUAGAGAUCGUUAGAGCUAACAUCCCAGUAUGUUGCAAAUGUCGUUAUGACCUUAAAUCACUGUAAUAAAUUGAUUUAUAAAUAUAUAUAUAUAUACAUAUAUGUAACUAUAGACUGAUUUUGUAAAGUGGCUUUGCAUUUUAAUGAUUUUUUGCCUUAAAACUUGUAUUUAGAUUAUAUAAAAUACAAUUGUUGCUUCAAUCAUUAGAUAUGUAAAAUAAAACUGGUGUGCAUUUAGAAAUAAAUCAAUUUACAACAUUA